UGUUUAUCAUGUCUGGGAGAGGCAAGGGAGGUAAGGGUUUGGGCAAGGGUGGUGCCAAGCGCCAUCGCAAAGUCUUGCGAGAUAAUAUCCAGGGUAUCACCAAGCCCGCCAUCCGCCGUCUUGCUCGGCGAGGGGGAGUGAAGCGCAUCUCGGGGCUCAUUUACGAGGAGACCCGGGGCGUGCUGAAGGUGUUCCUGGAGAACGUCAUCCGGGACGCCGUCACCUACACGGAGCACGCCAAGCGCAAGACCGUCACUGCCAUGGACGUGGUGUACGCCCUGAAGCGACAGGGACGCACCCUGUACGGCUUCGGAGGUUAGGUCGGUGCUACAGAGUCGGGAGCGUGCGGCAAUCCCAAAGGCCCUUUUUAGGGCCACCCAAAUGGGUUUUGAAGGAGCUGUACACUUGUUUUCGCAAUAUAGUCGACUGCACUUGGGACUUAGUGGCG